CCCCAGGUGUGCUCAGUGUUACAGCUAGUUUUCUACUGGUCCUUAGGUGGCCCUGUACCUGCUCUCAAGAAAAUAUGGCACGGGCUAGGGAAGAAGCAGGGGACAGCUGCCUGGUGUCUGGUCGAGAGCCAUCACAUAUCAUCAGAGUGUCUGUCAAGACCCCACACGACUGCCAGGAAUUUAUGCUGGCAGAAAAUAGCAGUGUCCGCCACUUUAAGAAACAGAUCUCCAAACGCCUUCACUGUGACAUUGACCGACUGGUGCUCAUCUUCACUGGAAAGAUCCUCCGGGAUCAAGAUAUUCUGAGCCAGCGUGGCAUUCUUAAUGGAAGUACGGUCCACUUGGUGGUCAGAAACCGUCUGUCCAGUCCUCGACCUCUGCCAGAUCCCACAGGCCACUGCACCCAUCGUUCUGAAGCCUCCACCUCAGACCGUGCCGGGAUGGUAGCCAGGCUGGGCUGGCUAGCCCGGAGCUCACCUGACCUGGCUGAUUUCUUCAGCCAGCUGGCUCAACUACUGAUGGCUGCUCCUGAGCCUGUGGUGCAGUUCUUGGAAGAUCCCCUAGUUCAAGGCCUGGCAAGUGAGAAACCAGCCAAUACCAGCCAUGUUCCUGAAACCUCAAGGCCAGUACAGAAACCUGAGUCAGCUUUUAGGACUCUGGAAACCUUGCAGAAAGCAGCUCAGCAACAAGAGGUCCAACAGGCAGACAAGCGGGGGCUGGAGGCAUUGAAGGCAGUGCCAGGUGGUGAUAAUGCUAUGCGUCCGGUUUCCUCUGAUAUCCAGCAACUCAUGCUCUUCACUCUUGCCCCACUGGUUGCUUCCAGAGGCCACAACCCAGGUUCAGAGCUUUGCAGAGGGGAGGCCAAUGCUCACAGCAGUACUGACACCACCACUGCCAUCCCCACUGCCUCUGUUCCCUCCAGGUCAAUGGCACAGGAGGUCAGUGCAGGAGUAGUUGCUCAGGCCAGAGGCAUGGCCUCAAACCAGGCCAAUUCAGGGUGCAGGACCAGUAUGCCAGACUCAUACUCAAGCCAAGAUCUUUCCUCCCAGGAUGGCCAGCAGCCCAUAGGGAAAGCCACUCUAACUAGUCAGCUGAGACCCUCACCCUCUGCCUUGCGUAGAGCCUUGCAUGUCCUCCAGCAAAAUCCAGCUCUGCUACACCAGCUGGCCACUGACAGCCCCCUGAGACAUCACAUACCACUACUUCCCAUCCUCACCAACCCACGAGCACUGCAGGCAUUAGUACAGAUAGAAAAGGGCCUGCAGAUACUGUCCAGGGAGGUACCUGAUUUGGGACCAUUUUUAUGGGGCCCAGGUAAACCUCAUGGGGCUACAGGAGCCCCUGAAACUAGGGAUGCAGGACGGGGUCACAGAACAACCCCUGUGCAACCUGCCGUGGCCGUUUUUCAGCUACUCCAUGAAUUGGCCAAUGCCUGUUCCCAGUCUAACCAAUCCUCACUAUCCUCAUCCCUCCUCGCUGAAAGCAGGUACCAGCAAGGACUGGAGCAUCUGAAGGCCAUGGGCUUUGCUAAUCGUGAUGCCAACCUGCAGGCUUUGAUGGCCACAAGCGGAGACAUCUGUGCUGCCAUUGGGAAGCUGCUGGGGGAACCAGAGGCCUAG